UCGCGCGCAGUAGUACGUCCCGAAAACAUGGCGCCCGAAUGAAGGACGCCGUGCGUUGCGUGAGUGAGCCGCCAGAUCCGCCGUCGCGUUUCGCACACAUCCGCACACAGCCGGACCCGAACGUGGUCGGCCCGUCCGUACACGCAGAAUGAGCAAUCUGUCGCCGUUCGGCGGCGGCAAGAACCCACCGUGGGUCCGCAAUGCAGGACAAGGUAUACAGAAUAUCCAGCAGCAGAUGCUGGGGCAAGCCAUGGGCGGUAUCGGAGGGCAGCCUAUGGUGCAGUAUCAGCAGCAAACCCAACAAGUUUAUCAGCAGAGUCUGGGACUGCAGCAGCCCAACAUCACCAUGGCGUCCAUGGCGACCCUUGGCUCCAAUCUGCCGUCGGGAAUAGCGGGACAGUUGUAUCCGCAAGUCGCCACGGUUUCUUAUCCGACGCCGCGUGCGUUGAACACAAACGCUUUUCAACCCAACGUAGCUGGCGUUCCGCAACAGGUGCAACAAAACGUACCUUCGUCGUCGACGAAACAGAGGGUGUUCACGGGCACCGUUACUAAAGUGCACGAUAACUUCGGCUUUGUAGAUGAAGAUGUAUUUUUUCAAACUAGUGCUUGCGUGAAGGGAUCUAAUCCCAUAGUAGGAGAUCGCGUGCUGGUAGAGGCCUCGUACAAUCCUUCAAUGCCGUUCAAAUGGAAUGCCACUAGAAUACAAGUGUUGCCGAUGGGUAACAAUAGCAACAAUGCAAACACCCAGCAAACUAAUCAGCCGAACCGCCAGCAGCAGCAGCAGCAGCAACAGCCGAAUAGGACAUCAGGCAAUUACAACGCCGUACCUCCCCCCGCGGAAAAUCCUAAUAACAGUAGAUUCACAACAAGUACGACAAAUUCCAACACCACCAGCAACCGUAACAAAGUCAGUAGAGUAAGGGAGAGAUCUCCCCGUGAGCGGCGAAAUGACGACGAGGAGAUAGAGAGGAAGAGACGUCGCGAGGAGAGAAUAAGGGAGCGCGAGAAGAAGGAGGACCGCAGCCCGUCGCGGACCAGAAGGAGCAAAUCACCGAGACCACGCCGGCGUACGCGGGUCGUGCCGCGUUACAUGGUGCAAAUACCGAAAAUCGCACUCGACCUGCCUGAAGCAGACGUUCUUGAGAUAAGAAGACGCUAUCAAAAUAUGUACAUUCCUAGCGACUUCUUUUCCACUAACUUCAGAUGGGUGGAUGCCUUUCCGCCGCAUAUGCCAUUUACCCUUAAUAAACCGUGCUCCUUCCAUGUUAUGCAUAAAGACGUCGAUCCGUGUAACGAAAAUACAGCGGUACUAGAACCAUCGGAUGCUGAUUAUCUGUUCUCUGCGAAGGUCAUGCUCAUAUCCAUGCCCGCCAUGGAAGAGAUAUACAAAAGGUGUUGUGGCGUUUCCGAGGACCGGGAUCCCGAUCGCGAUUACGUUCACCCUACACGCCUUAUAAAUUUCUUAGUAGGCUUGCGGGGCAAAAACGAGACGAUGGCCAUAGGUGGGCCGUGGAGUCCCUCGUUGGACGGUCCUAAUCCUGAAAAGGAUCCGUCUGUGUUAAUCAGGACGGCCGUGAGGACCUGUAAAGCGCUCACCGGCAUAGAUUUGUCCAGUUGCACACAGUGGUACCGCUUCCUGGAGCUCUACUACAGACGCGCGGAAACGACCCACAAGUCCGGGCGAGUGGUACCCUCUCGCGUUGAAACCGUCAUACUAUUUCUCCCAGAUGUUUGGAGCUGUGUACCUACCAGAUUGGAAUGGGACGGGCUGCAACUCAACUAUAAGAAACAACUGGAGCGAAAGUUGCUGCGUGCCGCCUCUAAUCCCGACGAUUUGGAUGCCGCCAAUGAGACUGAUGAGGCUGCCGCCGCUGAUCAAAAGGACGAUUCGAUGCCCGAGAAGAAGGACCCCACGCAUUAUUCCGAGCUAGAUCCAAAAUCGAUGAACGUGAAUGAGUUACGUCAAGAACUAGCAGCUCGCAAUUUGAGCUCGAAAGGCUUGAAGUCGCAGUUGUCAGCUAGACUUCUGAAGGCCGUCAAGUCCGAGCAAGCCAAAGAGGAAGGUCGGCAGGACGAGGCGGAUGAAAACGAAGAAGACGUCUCGCCGCCGUCAAAGGAAGAAGACGAUAAAAAAUUCAGAGAUAAAGAUCAUGAUGAAGAUAAGAGGAAACUUUACGAACGCGAACGUACUGUACUCGAAAAGAGAUACACCCUGCCUGAUUCAUCGCACAUUAUCGUUCAUCCGUCUAGAAUGGCCAAGAGUGGGAAGUUCGACUGUACAGUGAUGUCUUUGAGCGUGUUGUUGGACUACAGACCAGAGGAUACCAAGGAACAUUCGUUUGAAGUAUCUCUCUUUGCGGAGCUGUUCAACGAAAUGUUGAUACGUGAUUAUGGUUUUCGCAUUUAUCGUGCAUUAUCCAGCCUCCCUGAGAAAACUAAGGAAAAAGACGAAGAUAAGAAGAAAGAUAAGAAAGAUGAUAAGAGAGACGACAAGAAAGACGACAAGAGAAAGGAAGACGAGAAGAAAUCUAGUAAAAAGGAUGAGAAACGGGACGAUAAGAAAAGAGAUGAAAUCAAGGAUAAGAAGGACGACAAAGAUGCAAAAUGUAAGGAUGACAAAGACAGAGAAAAGGAGAAAAAUGAUGAUGAAGAAGAAGAUGAAGACGAUGAAUCAGAUGAUGACGAUUCUGUGAAAGACGGUAGGAGGGACAGGGAUAAAGAUGGAAAGAAGAGAAAGACGAAAUUAUACACCCACGAUCCUUAUCUUUUGCUCUCUUUUGUAUAUUUCGAUCAGACGCAUUGCGGAUAUAUAUUUGAUAAGGAUAUCGAGGAACUUAUCUAUACCCUGGGAUUGAAUUUGUCGAGAGCUCAAGUACGGAAACUAGUACAAAAAGUUGUGACGAGAGAUUCUCUGCACUAUCGCAAAUUAACGGACAAAUCGAAGGAGGACGACUUAAAGGACGAGAAGAAAGACGACAAAGAGAGCGACAAAGGCGAAUCGGCCAAAGCGGAUAACGAGGAGGACGUUAUAUUACGUUCGCUUGCGCUUGGAAAUAAGAAACUGUUACCUGUAUUUGUGGGUAGCGGGCCGCCCUCGAAAAGAGCACGACGAGAGGAUUGUAUUGUAGAAAGGACUAACGAAGAAACGAUUCCGGAAGGUAUCGUUAUGUAUAAAGGCUCUUUACUAGAUGUAGAAAAGCUUGUCAGUCAGUUGAAAAGAUCUGAGAAAGCGCGCUUAGAUACCGAGGAUCGCAUGAUGGAGUUGCAGCACGAGCUAGGUGUAGUCAACGAGAAAUCGGCGAAGCAAACUAAUAAUAUAAAGGGCCUUUCGGAAGACUUGAAAAUGUACAAAGAUAAAUUACGGAGUUCGGACGAAAAGCUCAAGAAAACCUCUACGGAUUGCCAUAGUUAUUUGGCUGCGAUCAAGAACAUGUACCAUUUAGCGACCAAAGUGUUGGAGCGUGAGAGAAAAGUAGAGAUAGUAGAGAUUCAGGAUGAAAAGGUCAGCGGGGAGAUAAACGGCUCCGAGAUGGAGAGCAAGUUUAAAACUGACACCAGGUGGGGCGACAACAAGGUCCAAGUGAAGAAGGAACCCGCCGACGUAGACAAGAAAUCUGACAAUAAAACUUCUGUCAAGCGAGAAAUUGCCGAGGCGGACAAGGAGAAGAAAUAAAUCGCAUUACCUAUUUAUUAUAGUAGACGAUAUAUGCACCGACACACGAGUAAAAAGGAGUCUAAUCUUAUUUCACGCGCACGUGUGCGUGCACGUGUGCUGUUAGUGACACAAAAAAGAAAAAAAAAGAAAAGCAAAGCAAAGCAGAUGCAACUAGCAAAAGAUUUAUCCGACACCAAAACUCUGAAGUGAUCAGGAUUCGAUUUUGUAACUUUUUCCACUCGAGUGAUACAUGUGGUGGCAUCCUUAUAGUAAUAAAAAAAAAGAGCACUUGAAAUCAUGCAUAACAGUUUACGAGAGAUCGCCGUAAAAAAAAAAAUAUCUUACGUUACAAUUUUUCGCAUCAUUCAGGAUAAAUGGAUGAAUUUAAAAAGGGCUUAUGAAAUACCAUUAAUCUGCCAUCAAGUGCCAGAUAUUGACAUACCAUUAUUAUCAAGAAUAUGUUAACAUCACAGUUAUUUGGUUCAGAUGAAAAGCACGUGAAGGCUUUUUAUUGGAAGUGAAUAGUAACGCAAAAACGUGAGAUGUAUUGCGUUUUCAUCGUUGUUCCAUCACUUGUCCACGUUGUGUUGUAUGCAAAAUAAUAUCUGAAAUGAAACUCACCUAUCUGUAAGAGCAUAGGAGCUGAUUUGUGUAUUUUAAACAUAAGUUAUAAUUAAUAUAAUAUCAAUUAUAUUACGAUAUUAAAUUUUGUUAUCAGAUCAUUCAUCAAGUUUUUUUUUUUAAUUAUAUAUGUUUCUUAGUCAAAACGGAUCGAUAAUUUUUAAUUGCUCUAAUACACGAUACAUCAUUUGAUGCAAUAAAUGUAAUACUAAUAGCAGUUACACAUCAAUAUUUGGUUUCAAGCAUAUCCGGUAUUAUUGCGUUUUUAUUGAAUUUUGCAGAAUUCUCUCUUAUUUCGCGCGCUGCUAAUCGAUAUUAUAAAUAUAGUUAGCGCAGCACGUAGUACUUGAAAAAUCCUUCUUUUGGAAUACGUUUAUGAAUGAAAAUUUAUAACAGAAUUGUCCAAAGAGUAAUGAAACGUUUAUUAUCAUGCAGCAAUAAAAAUAAUUUCCUUCCGUACCAAGAUGAAGAAAAAAUAUGUGUACAGUUUCAAAGCAAUUCGAGUCGAUCAGCGUUUUCUUUCCGUAGCCUAAGCUAGUAAUAAAUACGAUAAAAAUUCAUGAUAUCUCUUAAGUUACGCAUUGUACGUCCACCGAAAUGUCAGACCCAAAAAUUAUACUAUACAAAAACGUGUUCUCGAACGUGUGCGGUCGUGCGUGAUCGCCCGUUCCAUCUCCCAGACUUGCAGUUUGCAACUCACGAUGCCAAGGAUACUAUUUUGUACAUAGUUUAUCUCUUAUAUAGAAAUUUUUUGUAGUUAAUAGAAAGCCACAUUCUUGUCAAAAAAAAAAAGGGAGUAAAAAGUAGCAUCAUGCGAGAGUAAUAAAGAGCAUAAAAUGCGCGAACAAUUCUGAAUCUGUGUAUGUCAACGUUAUACAAAUCUUAUAAAAAAAAAACUGUAAUUAUCUCCUUGGGCACAUGGUAGUCAAGAAUACAACGGUAAUAAUAAAAAUUGUUUAAGCAGUGA